AUGGCUAAAGCCAAAAUUGGAACUUAUGAUUGGGCCGUAGGAUUAAUUCGCUCUUAUCUAUCAAUCUUUGGUCUCUGGAUCUAUCCAAAUUGUACACUUCUGCGAAGAACUUGUUCAUAUAUUCCAAUUUGUGCUUUGAAUUGUUAUUUAUGUAUUUGUGUUUUAAUACCGGAAAUGUGGGCACUAUACAAAAUCCGAAAAGAUAUGGAACUUGUUAUUGGAAACCUGAUGGUGUCAUUAACUUUUUAUUUAACUAUUUUCAAAUCAUUCUUUCUACUCUUCAAAAGGGAAGCAUUUAUGGCAGUCACAGUAACAAAUCGAAGUGAAAAUAAAGGUGAAAUACUCUUGAAAUUGGUCGUUUUUGUAUGCUACACCAGUUAUCUGAUGUUUUUAACUUUCCUCUAUUGUUGGGCAAGUGAAACUCUUUCGGACAAAAGCAAAUAUAUUUAUAAGGCAGUUUACAAUAGUAACUGGACGGUGCUACCAGCAAAUGAUGCGACUUUAAUUAAUAUGAUCUGCCUUGGGUCCUACGAAAAUCUGCAAGUCACUGCUGGCAAAUUUCUCCCUAUAACACUAAAUACCUAUGCUAAGGGGCAAAUCGAUCCUUUAUCAGUACCCACACUGGCGUGGACCUUGACAAAUACGCCAUCGCAACCGGAGAAGAAGUUGUCCUCGGAAACGGCGAAGCAGUCCCACGAGCCGGAUGUGCUAUCAUGA